AUGUACACCCUGGAGACGACGAGCUCACUCGGUGCAGACCUCUCGCCGCACCCGAGCAACACACCGUCCAUCUCCUCGGGCAAUGCACCGCCGCAGCAGCCGGAUCCCACCUUCAACCCGUCCUUCUUCAACGACGUGAACCUCAAAGAUCGUACCUUUAUGAGGCGGCUAGGUCAUUUUGCAAAGAAGCACAGCCGCGAGGGCAUCUGGGACGCUACCAAGAACCACGUCAUGUCUCAUCUCGAAUACGGCGGCUGCUUGGCGGAUUAUCCUGGCCUGAACGCUCGGUACAACAAGCUCCGCGCCAUGGAGAGCGUCGACCCCCUGCAGCACAUGGGCGAUGGCAACAACGUCAACCGGCCGGCUCAGGUCAGGGUCCGCUUCAUCAACUACUACACACUCAGCUCGGGCAGACCCAAGAAACCAAAGACGCCAGACUCGCCAAAAUCCCCCGAGUCACCAACGUCCCCAGAGCAUCGCGCGGCCCCGAGCACGUUGCAGGUCGGCUCCCAUCUUUCUCCACCGUCUUCGUCGACGCCCAGGAUCUCGUUGUCGUCUGAUGAUGGGCAGGAAAUGGAACUGCUCGAGCCGAUUCCGAUGGAGGACAUUGACGAACGGCUUUCGACGCUCCACGAGGAACAGCAGACACGGUUCGACCAUGAUACAAAGGCAGGCUCCCACUCGACGGAUGCGCUCGACAAGGAGACGCGUGAACCAAAGGGUAAGGAGAAGGAAGGCGAUGUCGACUCGCACGAGACACUCAAUACCGAUACCCAAGUCGAAGAAACCGUGCCUGUUUCAACUUCUUCGAACGGGGCGGCCGACGAGACGGAGAAAAGUCCCGAGGCCGGCGCAGCGACGCCCAUGGGAGACGUCAUACCCGAAGCAGAGCUACCGCCCAUCCCCGACCUUCCCGAACAGCCGACGCCUCCGGAUCUAGAUAGGUACACAGACAAAGACGCCCGGAAACAGGCGGAGAAAGAAGGCAAGCGCGCGCAAAAGGCGUACGAGUCUGCCGUCAAGAGCCGCGACAAAGCCAUCAGGGAGCGUCAGAAGCUCGUCGAGAAGCGCCGCAAAAAGGUGGAAAAGGAGGCGGCCAAGGAAGCGCAGAGGAUCGAAAAGGAAGGACUGAAGUUGCAAAAGGAAGAGCAAAAACGGCGGCAACAGGAGGAGGAGGCGGCCCGGAAAGAGGCGGCCGAAGAGACGCACGAUCAGAAGGAGGCGAGGAGGCUCGCGGAGGAGGCGAAGAGGAUGGAGAGGGAGGGUAGGAGGUUACGCGGGGAGCCGCUCGACAGUGACGCCGAGGAUGAUGAUGAGAAGGAGGAGGAGGAGAACAAGAAGUCCGCGGAGGUCGAAGCCGAAAUGGCAGCGACUACGGGCGCCACCAACAACAGUACAAUCCCAAGCCGCCCCAAGGCCGUCGCCGCACGCUCCAGCUCCAACUCGAAAGCCAUUGCCAAAUCAUCCAGCGCUAAACCGGACAAACCGAAAAAGGAGCGGAAAUUCUGCACACUGCCCGGCAAGAAGAACGGCAAGCGCGACGAGACGUGGGUGUCGGUGUACAUGGAGGGCAUGGACGAGGUCGGCGCCCACUGCGGCCUCUUUCUUCCGGGCCCGCACUACGACACGCUCAUCGGCGACGUCGGGGAGCGCAUCGUGUCGUGGGUGCAGGAUGACUUGAGCUCGGUCAUGUUUUUUUCUCGUUUGCCCAACCUCGACUGA